GGAGUCGCAAGACUUCUCCUCAGCUAGUUAGCUGUUAGCUUAUUAUGUUAGCGAGUACCUGGCUUUGUUACGUCUGUACUACAGGCUAUGAGAGAUUUGACGUUUGUAACUAGCUGAUUUGUUGACGCACAACAACAACAACAACCAACGUCUAGGAAGUGGUAAUAAUAUUUUAGAUUUGAGUCAAAUGGUUGGAAAGUUGUUACUACACUGUUCAUAUACAGUCAUUGGUUAUUAAGUUAGCUUAGCUAAGCAGCUAGCAAGCUUGAGAAAUGCAUUAUUUGGUACGCCUAAUCACAGGCAAAAAUGGAUGUAUGGGUUCAUUAAUUUGUUAGUUACACGCAUGUUGCUGGGCUAAAUCAUUGCGGUGUGAUCUGGAGGAGGCUAAAUCCAAGUCUUUCCAGUAUAGUGACCCAAACUGGGAAACAACGGUAGGAAGCUCAGCCAAAGAAGACUGUCUGUACUCUGGGACUGGUACCAAUAAGGGAAGUGGGAUUGAUUUGCCAGUGUUGAGUUGAUGUUGUUGCAGCUAUGUCUGAGGCCAUCCUCAACUUCCAGUACCAGCUCAGUGGCGUCAUGGAAACAGUCCUCAAAACUGCCAUGCAUGAAAUCACUCUAUUGGUGAAGGAUGGCUUCCUGGAGGAAGUGACACGGAGCAAACAGGAAGUGGACGUCUUGAAGGAGAGGCUGCAGAGAUGGAGGGACAGAGAGGAGGAGUGGAGGGGGAUAUGUGUGAGAUGUGGUUGUGCUGGAGACACUGAGGAGAAAGUAGAGGCUUUGUCAGCAGAGGGUUAUGGUAUUAAACAAGAGGAGAUUCUCCAGUCAGAGGGGCUCGUUGCUCUGAGGGAGGCCCAUGAGGUCCAUGUCAAAGAGGAGGCCGAUGCACAGGGAGACUGGGGGGAUAUGGUAAGCCUAACAAUCCCAUACACUGAUGCCCCCCAUAGUGACCUUGGUUUGUCUGCACCAUGGGCCAGUGAGCCCCAGCCUCUAUCAACACCAUGGACCAGUGAGGAGCAGCCUUCUCACCCAGGGUCAGUAAUACCAGCCCAGGGGAUAGAGAGCUCUAUGGGCCCCCCUGAGUCCAUGUGCCACCUGAGAAUCCAUAUGCAGUGCCACACGAGGGAGAGGCCGUACAGCUGCUCUCAGUGUGGGAAGAGCUUCAGCCAUCAGAGCGUCUUGAAGAGACACAGGGCCUAUCACACCGGAGAGAGGCCUUACCAGUGCACAGACUGUGGGAAAGGAUUUAUCGCUAGAGCGGACCUGAAAAAACAUGAACAAAUCCAUUCAAGGGGCAUCUGUACCAUUUCCAAGGCAAAACUGACGAAGGGAGUCCAAGAUAAUGAAGAUUACGCUGCGCCAGUUCCUGUUACAUCAAGAACUGGAAGGAUUAUUCCACUGGCAUUAUUAGCAUCAGUAAGACAGGCCCAUAAGCAGCUUGGGGAGGACCUAAAAUGGAGAUUCGGCCCAAAUGACUGCUUCAGGUCCCCUCACAACGAGGAGGUGACCAAAGCAGUGAUGCAGAUUGUAAAGGAUGGAGGCAAAAACUGGGGUCCCGACAGCCUCAUCAGAAAGGCGUGCAACAGGGCUUAUGAGUAUUGGAAGGCUCAAGGGAAGAUUGAACUGGAGGGCAGUGUGGCAGUCAUCAAGAAGAAGAAAAUCCUCACCAGCAGGCGGAGCAGGCUCUUCCAGAAGAGAGUAAAGGUGGGAGGAGAGCUCCUCGCCCCAGAAGAUCUGGACUUCCUGGUUGGAGCAGACCCCAACUUCAUGUCGGACGAGGAAAGUGAUGCUGAAGACAAGUUCACCUAUCAUGUGCUCCCUCCCAGGUGGCGUUGCUCGAGGUUGACCCAGAUCGUCCGACUCUGUCAGAUAACCUUAGAUGACAAUCGCCUUAAGGGCGUUGAGCCAAAGUCGGCUCGCUCCAGAAAAUUACAGGGGGGUAGAUUUACCUCCCGCCAUCCCCCAAAAGGAGAGGCUAAACAAGUGUAUGUGAAUAAAAAUGAUAAAUGAA